CAAGGCUAUUGCUCUAAAUUUGAUAGUAGAAAGAAGUACAAAGAGUCCAUCAUGGAUUAUAUCUCACAGCAUGACAGAACAAGAGGUGAGAGGGUUGGGGGUCACCGCAAGUGUCAUUCACGACCUCAUACAACUCAAACUAGCCGGAAAAGAUCGAUGAGGGAAUCUAUGACCAAUAAAUUUCAAAUGUUUAAAAUCAAGAAAAGGAGGCCGAAUCCUAAGGAGCUUCAAGUUGCACCAAAGGAGCUUUCAAAGCCGGUCAAUAUUAAGGAUUAUGAAAAUAUGGUUGCUGAAAUGCACUUAACUGAAGAGCCAGAGCCAACAGUCAAUAAAGAAAUCAACAUAGAUCACCAGACUAAUAAAGAUAUCGUUGAGGUAAAAGCAGAGCCUAUUGAGAAGGGCAGGUCUACUCUUGAUGCUGACGAGAUUUCCUCUCCUGAGAAAGACCCAAGUCUUCAGAUUAAAAACCCUGUCUACAAGCUAGAUACUCUGAAAUCAAUCACUAAGGAAAUUGAAGGAGAUGUAAUUCUGGAAAACUCAAAACUCAAUGAUGCUUUAAGAAGCACCAAAAAAUCGAUUGACUUAUCAGAGAAAUUUCCUCAUGAUCAUUCAAAGUCAAGGGAUUCCAAGAAAGAUGCUGGGAACCAGUCCAACAUGGAGAUUAGCAGCCCAAAAGUUGAUAUCAAACUCAGGCCUGUGAGUGGGUACCAAAGCAGGAGACAUGAUGAAAGCGCUCUCUCUGAACAUGAGUAUCAUGAUGCUGAAGGAAUGACCAAUAUCACUAAGAUGAACCCUAAUAAUGUUGUCAACUGGUACAAAAAUAAGAAGGAAAUUCUCAGACAUAAAUAAGGUCGAGGAGAACAAUAAAAGCAUGAUGGUGAAACUCAAUACUGAGUUAUACUCUAAAUCUUCAAGGGAUGGAAAGGACCUGUCCUAUCCAUUCGGAAAUAAAAUCAGAGCUAGGGAAAGUAACUAUGUCAAAAAGACCAAGAAAAUGUCUGAACUCAACUAUGAUAUGAAAGAAGAUCAAUAUUAUGAUUUUAUCGACAAUUUUAGAACACAACAAUGACUCCAAGUUUUAGGAAAACCGGUGCACAACGUGAGGGAGUUCUCAAGUAACCCUCGAAAAUCAUCCAGAAGAAAGUCCAAGAAGUCUUCUUCUCGAAAGAGUCUCUCUAGUGCACCUACAGGAAACAAGGAUCUUGAGCUAGGCAGACACUCAGUGUGGAAGCAUCUAAUUCAGCCAUCAAAUGGUAAGCUUUUUUAUUUAAUGAAGGUCCCAAAGAGAACGAAUAUGAAUACCGAGAAUCAAUUCUGAGCAUCAAACCCAAAAUGUUUACAAUGAAAUAAACUUUCAACCUAAGUGGACUUCCAA